CGCAAACAAACAAACCGUUGCCAAGAACUUUUUACGCCGUUUCUCGCGAACGGUUUAGAUAAAAAUGCAUGAUUUACACGGCUUGUAAGAAAUGGAAUCGACUUCUAAUGAAGAAAGGAAGAUUGUAGCAUAAUUUAGCUAUACAAAUAUUUUAAAAUGACUGAAAUUCUUUGCCGUUGGCUCAAUGAUGAGCUGAGAGUGUCACAGCAAGUCGAUGACACAAACUUUGCUGAGGCAUGUGCCAAUGGUUUCUUGAUCGGUGAAGUCUUAAAAAAGCAUCAACUUCAAAAUGACUUUGAAUUCUUUUCUCAAAACAAAACAUCGGACUCCAAGCUCAACAAUUUCACCCGGCUUGAGCCGACUUUCCGUCUGCUGGAGGUGCCCUUUGACACCAAUGUGGCCAGAGAUGUCAUGACCCAGAAGGCGGGUGUGGCAACCCGUCUCAUGUAUCAGCUCUACAUCGCCCUCCAGAACAAGGAGGCGGCUAAUCUGACGGGCGUGGCCAUGGAGACUAUGCGCCCGAGGGCACCAGUCAAAUUGGAGAGCAUGGAAAGAGUUCCGUAUGGAGAGAGACUAAAGAUCCUGACGCCACGUCAGUCAGAUAUCAACCUCGAUCAACUUGUGGACAAGUUCCGGGAACGGAAGAGGAGCCACCUGGACGUGGAGUUCCGCACCAAAUACGAGGAGGAGGAGCGUCGUCGGCAGUGGCAACAGGAGCAGAGGAUGUUUGAGCUGCAGAAGGCUGCUCAGGCCAGGCAGAGACAGACUGAGCUUGUGGCUCGUAUCAAGGCUGCCACUGUGGAGAUCCCCAAGCCCCCGCCCAACAGAACCCUGAGGGCGAUAGCUGUGAGGAAGGAGCUGGCCAGGAAGAAGGAGGCGGAGAACACCAGCAAGGAGAUCGCAGCCUUUGAGCAGCAGAUCAGUCGCAACGUUCCUGUCGGUGUAGAGACUCAGGAUGAACGAGAUGUUGAUGAAGAAGUAGCGGCCUAUCUUCAGCAGCCAGAGAAAACUCAAGCUGAACUAGCAUCACUCAUUAAGCCUGCUUCCAACGAUGACUACAUUGGGAAGAUAAGGAAGCGCCUCGAGGAAGAUGCGGUAGCCAGGCAGGAGAGGGAGAAGAGAAGACGCAAAGUCCUUGUGGACCAGAUCAAGGCUCACGAAGCUAAUGAGGAAAUGCGUCGUGAGGAGUUCCUUGUGACCCGAUUGAUGCGCCAAUCGCAGCAAGAGCGACGUAUCGCCACCCAGCUGCUGCAGUUGAGGCACGAGAAGGCCGUCAUCCAGCAGAACCGCAUCUUCCGUCAGGAGCAGUACGAAGAGCGCAGACAGAAGGACUUCCAGGAAGCACUUGACAAAGAAGCAGAAAUGGCCCGGCAAGCCAAGCUGGAGUACAUUGAGCAGACCCAGCGGGACAAGGAGCUCCACGACAAGAUAGCCCAGGAGAGGGCCGAAGCCAAGUACCAGAAGCACUACAACCUCUGCAAGGACAUCCUCAUGGACAUUGUGGACUUCUCCUGCAAGGUUGGCAAGUACAGGGAGCUCACCAAUAGGUUAUUACCACCAAAAUUAAUGAGAGAGUGGACGCUCUUAUUUACAACUGGUCAGCCUUUGUAUGAGCUAGCAGAGGAGGAAGAAUUCAUUGAACCUGAGGUACCGACUGAAGAACAGCUGAUGGAGGAAGAGCGGCAGAAGUUAGUUGAUGAGGGUGAUUUCAUGGAAUACAAGAAUAUGGUCGGUGAGUGGCAGCCUCCAGAAGACAGCGAAAUCAAAGGUAUCCCAAGCAAUAAUGCCAUCCUGGGUCAUAUUCUUGCUCGUCUUUUCAACAUCGUCUCCCCUCCAUCGCCCCCUCCUGCCCCACCCGACAUCCCUCCAUUUCCUGUCAAAGCUUGUUUCUUGGGUAAAGCUUUCUGUGGAAAGACAACUCUAGCAGAAUACAUGGCACAAGAGCAUGGUCUGAAAGUUUUGAAUGUGGAUGCCUUAGUCCAAGAGGCUGUAGAUGCCUAUAAGGGAGGGGAGAUCCUGGAAAUGCCCGAAGCACCAACAGAGACCAUUACUGAUGUGGCUGAAGGCGAGCUUCAGACAGAUGCCCAGACUGGUGUUAACAUCUCAACCACUGUAACCCCUGCUCCUCCAGGCUCAGUAGUUGAUGCUAAGUCCGUAGCUUCAGCCAAGACAGGGGUCACUGCUGAAGUCCCUCCUUCAAGAGAAACCACGACUACAGCUCCACCGGACGACGGCAAGGAGAAAGGUGAUGAAGAGAAACCAGAAGCUCCCAAGGAGGAAGGAGCCGGGGAGACCAAAGAAGGAGAAACGGCGGAGUCCAAGGAGCCCAAGUCUGCCAAGAAAAAGAAGAAGGAUAAACCUGAGUUGAGUGCUCGAGGUAAGCUUGGCCAGAAGGCCAUCAAGCUGCUCCGGAAAGGACAACCUCUCAAGGACGAGCUCCUGGUGGAGAUCAUGGUGGAAGCAGUCAGGCGUGCUAAGGAGGAGCAGGGUUGGAUCAUGGAUGGCUUCCCUUCCACUGUAGCCCAGGCAAAGCUACUGGAAAAGGCGCUGAGUGGGUACGAUGCCAACGCCAAACCCUCGAAGCACAAGCUCAGACAGAGUCGGCUGGCCCUUGACCCCAACCCGCCAAAGGACCCCCCUCCCCCGGUCAGUGGGAUCGAUCUGGUGGUUCACCUGGACGUGACGGACGACCUGGCCAUGCGGAGGGCUGCUGGCCGAUAUUAUGCUAACCAGGAGGAAGAGGAAUACCACCAGGAGUUCAAGCCGCCUCCAGAAGGCAGCGCAUCGGGUGUCGGCAAGCAGGAGAAGGUCCAACCGGUCAAGGAUCCAGCCUUUGAUCAGGAGCAGAUCCAGCAUAGAAUAACUGGAUUCCAAGAUUCUUGGAAGAAACUUGACAAGUGGUUCUCCAGCUUCCACAUCCUGCAGAAGCUGGAUAUCUGUAUGGAGAAAGAGGAGGCGUGUCAAGCAGUCAAGAACUUAAUGGUAGAGACCAAAGAAAAGAUGGAGAAAGCCAAAGAAGAUGCACUGAGAGCCGAGGAAGAAGCGUCAAAGACAGCGGAAGAAGCUCCUCCGACCACCGCUGAUACCAGCUCAGCAGUACCGACAGAUGGGAUGGAGUCCACCGCUCCUCAGCAGCCAGAUCCUCAGACCACAACAUCAGAGACAGAUAAAGGAGCAGCUUCACCAGGUGGUUCUAGAGCUGGGUCAGCAAAAGGCAAGGGGUCAGCUCGGGGCAGGUCACCAAAGGGAGAAAAAGGUAAAAGGUCAAGCAGCAAGGGGUCACGGAGCGGGAGUGCUAAGAAGUCGCCUUCCAAAGAUGCAAAGAAGAGUGCCAAAGAAGACAAGAAGAAAGGUGCUUCACCAAAGAGGAAGGGCUCACGUAGCAAGUCGCCCAAGAAACGCCGCACCCCUACUCCAGAGCCGGAACCGGAACCAGAGCCUCCUGCCGAGCCCACCGGUCCACCCCCUCCUCAGCCCGGAUCAGAUGAUUGGGUCUAUGUGGAUGAGCCAAUUGACGAGAAUCUCGCUAAUGCACUGGCUCCGCACUGGGAAAACACAGAGUCCACCUACCUCGGCGCCAGCAAGCACGUCUUCAGGAACAUCCGUCACGAGAGGGAGGACAUCUAUCACUACUACUACCGCAUCCGACGCAACUUUGAGGCUUAUCUGCGUCGGCCGGAUAGCAAGCAGGAGUUCAUGAACAUGUGGCAACAGGAGUACAAUCAGAUUGCAGAGGACAUGAGGGAUGAUGAUGAGACCAAGGCCGAACUUCAUCAACGGGUCCAGGACCUUAAGGAGCAGCUUUGGGAGAUGUCAGAUGAGAGGAAACUUGAGGCCGAGGCUGAACGUCAGUCGGUCAUCAACGAGGGUUGGUUGGAAGACAGACUUGGCCUCCUCACAAAUCACUAUCUCACUCUUAUGCAGUGUGAAGUGGAUCGCUACCAAGACACCUUGCGACUCCUCAAGGACUACUACCAGGGGAUGGAAGGCAAGAUACCGGAGGAGCUGGACCCUAACUACGCCCGCAUCCCCCUCAUUGACCUCCCUCCCAUGGAACGACCAGACUCUGGUAUUCCUCCCGCCGAGAGCGCUGUACCCAGUGAGAGCCACACCCAGUUGGUCACACCCACUCCGACCACCCCAUCCGCUAAGGGGAAGAAGGGCAAGGGGGAACCUGUUGAGGAGAUCAAGGAAGUGGAGGAUGAGGUCAAACCAAAGAUCCCCCUGGUCCCGAGACGCCCCGGUUCUUCCGAGGGCUUCUUUCCCAUCCCCACCCCUGGGGCUGACAAGAGAGAAGCCAAGGGGACCAAGAGCAGAGCCGGUAAGGGCAAGGAGAAGGAGAAGGCUGCUGCGCCCUCUACCAGCGCAGACGAGGAGAAGGAUACUCCUCAGCCCCCGGCCGAUCCAGAUGAAAGACUCAUCUUUGAAGCUUACCAAUUUGGACUCCACAAGAUAUCUGAAAUGUGGGAUAACUUUAAGGGUGUGAUCUUGACGGUUGCUGAGAUGGCAGCUAAGGAUGCGGAGGAGGAGGCCGACAAGGCCCGUGAGGCCGAGAGGGCCGAAAAGGCCGAGAAGAAGGGCAAGGGCAAGGAUAAGGACAAGGGUGGCAAGAGAGCCAAGAGUAAAUCACCUUCUGGCAAGAAAACCCCAGGGGGUAAGAAGUCCCCCAAGAAGGGUAAGAAGACGGCCACGCCCACUCCCCCUCCCACCCCUCCACCGGUAGAAGACACCCCUGAGGAGAAGGCUAAGAGGGAGCUGAAGGAUAGGAUGAAGGCAGAGUAUGUGGGUGCAAUUGGUCAUGAAGAAUCAAGUUUGAAGACAAGGAUGGAGUUGAUCAAGGUCCAUGCCAUCCAGGUCUUACAGGAGCUGAAAGCCAAGGCAGAGGAGGCAUACAAGGACAUGGAUAAUUGGCUGGGAGCAAGGUUUAUCCAGGAGAUGGACAGUAUUAAUGUUGUUUGCCAGUACCUUGGAGAGUGCAUUGAGGAGCGAGCCAAGAUUCAACCAGAACUUGUUGUCUUCCAAGAUGACUUUGCUAUCAACAAGUUGGUGAAGGUGUAUCGUACCCCUAGCCCUCCGCCCCGCCCUGAUCCGAUAGAACUAGCUCAGGCAGAUGCCUUCGCAGUCGAGCAGAUCAUCAACCUUCAAGCGCAGUUCAUCAAGUCGGCGCCCUCUGGGUUCAUAUCGGCCAAGGGCUUCAUCGACACACUCUGUGACCUGACAGCAUUGACUCACGGAAUGGAAGCUUUACCUGACGGCUGGAUGAACAUCAGUAUUGCACAGCUGGAGACCCUUGCGGUUCAGCUGUCUCCAGACUCGGAGUACAUCGAUUGGAAGACGUUCCUGCUUCAGUCCUGUCAGCCUUGGCUCCAACCCUCUCAGGCCCAGCUCCUGGAGACCUUGGAGGAGUUCAAGAAGGCCGAUGUCCUCAACUCUGGCACCGUCACCAGAGAACAGUUUGAACAGGUGCCCCUAUGGUAUAGUUACGAGCAAAGAGCUGUGAGCCCAGAGGAUCCCACGGAACCACGCCCAUACAACCGCACCCUGUACAUCCAACGUCUCUUCUUUGAUAUCUUUGCCGACAACAACGCCAUUCCUCCCGUCUUGGAUUACACCAACAUGCUGCUAUACUUCAGCAUCGAUGCCAACUAUCUGAACGGUUUCUUCCGAGCACUCAGCGUGGCUUCCGGCAAGCACAUGCCCCGCCCAAAACCAGUGGAGGUUGAACCUACCAAGAGGGACAUCGAGACCAUGAAAGAGAUGCAACAAACAAUUGUUAAUCAGCAUGGAAAGGUUGUGGAGACCCUGACUGGUGAAGAUCUGAUCCUUGGUCCAAGGCACAUUGAACCUAGCCUUGGCCCACCUGAAGAAGGGGUUCCAGUCUCCGCAGUGACUGCCACUGUCCCUCUUAGUGCACUUGUCCGGGUCCUCCACCACGGGCAGCCCUCACUUGGUGACAGCCACCGCUUCAGCGUGACCUCUGACCCUGAGGAUACCUUCAGCCAGGAGCGUCUGGCGGCCGUCUACCGGGAGCUGGGCUCCGAGGAGCUGGAGCCGGUACCCUUCUACACUCUGAUCCAGCACCCCAUCAUCCAGGAUUGCCUCUCACUGUGCCACCGAUACAAGGCACCAGAUUUCAGCUCUGUUUUCACCGCUCCGGCUGUCCUUCCUUCGGACAACGACGCCCAAAGCAUCAUGUCCUAGAUCCAACCAAACCUUGGGAGCAUUCCAUGUAACAAUUAGUCUGAUUUUUCACUGACUACUGUUAUAAGCUACUGUAAAUCCUUGCAUCUGAUUGGCUCAGAGCAAAAUACUCAGUGAAAAUCACUUACAAAGCUUUUCAUGAAAUGCUUCCAGGCUGUGAUGCCAUGAUCCCACUGGUAACAGAAGCUUUCAAUAUUCAUAAGAUUUGAUUCGUUUGCCAUUCACUUGGUACAGAUUUUUAAAGAAAAAAAUCAAAUCAUCUCCUGUAGAAAGACAAUGCGAAAAGGUAUCUGGAAAUUUGGUGAUUUUACUUCAGUGUAGGCCUUUUGGUUUUGAAUUGCACAACACCACAGCACGAAAUCUGAAUUGGUCCUUGAGGAAUCGGUUGAGGUGUUGAGAUAUCAAUAUUGCAAUUUGGAUCACAUUUGGUGUUAAAGCUCAGUAUGGCAACUUGAAUUGUGCUUCUAACACCAACACUGAACUCGAAAUCACCCAAAGUAUUGGAGAUAAGCAUGAUAUAUUUCAUAUUGCAAAGAGGAAGCCAUUUUAAGCACUUCUUGCAAAGACAACUGCAUCUAUAGUACAAUUCUUGAAAACUUUUUCUGGACCCUGAUUGUACAUACAUGUGUGAUAUAACUUGACUACAGCCUUCAAAUGAAUUGAUUACCUUUUCAAUGUAUUCUGUGUAUAUAAAUUAAUGAAAUAUUAAUUCAUACUUUAAAUAAGUGUAAAGAUAGGUUAUGUAUUACUUAUUAGACAGCUUUUGUAGUCUCUUGUUUCAAGAAUUGGAAUUUAGUAUUUAUUUGAAGCCAUGUAUCCCGUCCAUUUUGUAAUGUAGUGGUUUCAAUAAAAGAUGUCUUUCUAUAAUUCAAGUUGUUUAACUUGAUGUGGCACAAGUUAAACCAUUGAAUUGAAAUGAAUUGUGCUAUCAACCUUCAUUCCAUCCUGAUAAUUCCUUGAUGUAAGUAUGGAAGUGUACUUAUAAUAACCCUGAUUAUAUUUGUAUUCAUAUAUUUCAUUGCAAUGUCUAUUAUGCACUUAUUUGUUUCAACUGUAAAUAAAAGUGAGAGUAAUCUAUUGACUUGAUG